CUGCCGUGGCUCCGCCGAGCGCCGAGCUCGACUCUCUCGCUCGCGCGUUCGCGUUAUAAUAACUGUUUACCGUGUGCCGCUGCUGCAACUCGUAUGUAUGUGCUGCGAGUAGCUGCUGCUCCGCUUUGAUAUACAAUCGCCGAUUGACCAUCAGUGCGCUCGACUUUUGACACGUAUAUAUUUUUUUAAAUGACGCGAAAUUUAAUCCCUUUCCGAUAAAUCGUCGAUGUUUACUCUUUGGCUUAAGUGCUAUUGACGUACGUAUACGUAUAUCAGUCAUUGCACCCCCCGCGUGUCGUGGUUGUGCGUCGUUGGCGCUGUGGCUGGCUGUACACUGCUGCUCCGAGCGCAGGACAGGACUCCUUUUUCAUAUUAAAAGCAGUGCGCGCCACAGUGUUUAUAUUUACUCGGCGAGACGCUGCACGCCUCGUUUAAUAUCAUACGGUAGUCCAUUGUACAGCAUUUAACCAGUAGCUGCUCUACACACGUGCGCGAUGAUUAUACUGCCGCUCAUAGGAUUAUGUCUCCUGCUGUACUAUCUGUUUUACUUGAUUUUUCCGCGCUUCACCGAUUGCGAUUUGAAGCUCUUUUUUUACGACAAAUUUGGAAAGUCACCAGAUACUCUGUGCGGUCAAGUCGUUUGGAUCACGGGCGCUUCCAGUGGCAUCGGCGAACAUUUGGCCUAUGUUUUAGCCAAAGCUGGAUGCAAGCUCAUACUCUCGGCCAGGAGGGAGGCCGAAUUGCAAAAGGUCAAGAGUAAUUGCUUAACAGCCAAUCCCAAGCUACAAGACCAUGAUGUUCAAGUUUUGAUUUUUGAUGUCAGAGUGAUGGAAUCUCAUGAAAGAAUAUUUAAUGAUGUACUUACAACUUUUGGAAGAUUGGACAUUCUAGUCAACAAUGCUGGCAGAAGUCAACGAGCAGUGUGGGAAGAUAUAGAUAUUGCUGUUGAUAGAGAAGUGUUUGACCUGAAUACUUUUUCUGUUGUUUCACUGAGUAGAUUAGCUGUUAAAUACUUUCAUCGUCAAGGUAGAGGUCAUAUUGCUGUGACAUCCAGUUUGGCAGGGAUAUUAGGAGCCCCAUUUUCAGGGUCUUACACUGGAUCAAAACACGCUAUUCAUGGAUACUUUGAAUCUUUGAGAAUGGAAAAAAUCAAUCAAAAUAUUGCAAUCACUCUUGUUUGUCCAGGACCUAUACAAACUGAUUUCUUAGCUGAGAGUUUCACAGAAAAUGCUGGAGAAAAAUAUGGUCAACAAACUGAAGUAGCAUCAAAUAAAGUAUCAGCAGCUCGCUGUGCAAAAUUAUUUGGAUCAGCAAUAGCCAAUCAACUAGAAGAAGUAUGGAUAGGCCAUUCUAACAGUAUCCAAUUAACUUAUGCAGUGAAAUAUUAUCCAAAUUUAACAAAUUUGUUUAUGCCCUACAUAGGAAAUGCUUUCAUUCAACGAAUAAGAGAUGCCAAAGUAACUGUGAAUGUCCAACCUUAAAUUUAAAAUUAAAUCACAAACUUUGUAUUUACACUAUUUGUUACGUAUCUGUGAGUUUGUUAGCCAUAAAUGAGUUGUGAUAAUGUAUACAAGGUGAAAAA